AUGACUUACUUCGAUAUUUCGAGCGAUCAGGAUAUCCCUGGCGGGUUAGGAUUGCCACAUAGGUUUCCCCCGGAAAUUCCACCGCCGCUUCCGUUGUCUUUCGACACGGUGAAUGAGAACCGCCCUCUUGCUGCUUCAUCGCGGUCCUCCAAUCUUUUCCGAUUGCCUGUGGAGUUGUUGACACGCAUCGUCCAGCUACUUCCGUCCUCUGCGCUGGCGGAUUUUGCCCUGGUCAAUCAGGACUGCCGGCAGCUUUCUCGAUCACGACAAUUCGCACGUGUCCGUUUUGACUAUUCCCUGAAAAGUCUUGACCUGCUCAGGGUUCUGGUCCAGGAGGGCUUCGAUCGCGCACAAAACAAUGGAUUAACGAAAUCUCCAGCGCUCGGAGCUUGCACACGCCAUGUCCCAGUCGGAAUUCUGCGUGAACAUUUAGAAGCUCGACAUGAUCGGAGAAAGAAUGCAACAUAUCACAUUCUGGAAAUUGACAGUGAUGGUCGUCAUCUGGAGAAGUAUGGCACACUUGCCUCAUUGGACACUCUCACAUGGCAUUUGUUUGAUUCUGAAGUCAAGCCUGAGCUUGGUUUCCUGAAAUCCAACCCUCAAUUGACCAGGCUGUCCAUCUUUUGGCCUCAACAUCCAACAAACAUGAGGGAAGUCGUCUCCCUUUUGCCUCGAUCAUUUUCCCGUCUGAGAUCUUUGAGACUGACCUGGUAUGGUACUUUCAUCCCUGAGGAUGUACUUCGGCUUCUUGGCACCAUUACAAGCUUAGAACAGAUCUGUCUAGCUGCUGGGCAAAAGUUUUAUUGGACGCCCGAGUUUCUAAUUGACCAUGACGCUAUGCGACACAAUCUGGCCCCAUUGAGGAACCUAAGAAAGAUUGCCUUUGAUCGUGACUCGUACGACAUCGGUGUUGAAAACCCCGAAAGUUACUAUAGUGUACCAAAUCAGCUCCCCGUCGACGACGAGUUUCGCUUGCACUGGGAACGGAAUCAUAGGGAUAUGAUUGUAACCGAAGCAAGGAAAUACAUGCGGGUAUUUCCAAAGCUGGGGUGGCUCUACAUCGGGCAGCUGCCGAUGAAAAUCGAUGCCAAUUCUGCCCAAGGCGUGGUGGUUCUAUCAGAAAGAGAUGAAGAUAUUACCUUGCUCGACCGUGUCUUUGGGUACGCAGGAAAGUUUUUCGUCGAAUAA